UAGAAAGCAAGGAUUAAAAGGAGAAGAAAAAGUUCGUUUUGCAAAGAAGUUGUUGCAGGGUGAGGAUGGUGAGUAUGAAGAGAUCAUCUGUACUGCCCGAUAUCGCAUCAGAUAUGGUGUCAGGUGUUCAGUUUGUGAAUGAGCACCGUGCAGAGCUCAUUCAGAAGGUCACCAGUGUUAUGCCCCUGGCUGACAAACUGCGUUCCGACGGCAUGCUACAUGACGAACUCUAUAGUGAGGUCAUGGCAGCAGGCAUCACCAGACAGAUGAAAAUGAGACUCAUUUUUGAAGCUGUGUCUGGAGUGGACCUAAAGAAGUAUCGUCUAUACCAGAGGCUGCAAGAGUUUGAACCACUGCUGAUGAAAGAACUGGUAUUCAGAACAUGCUCCAGUGGAGGUCUUCAAGCAGUAAUAGAUGGCAUCAAGUCCUUUACACUGAACCGCAGAGUAUUUGAAGGCACGAAAAGGACAGAAGCUGCAGAGCUUGAUGAAUUCUACACAGAGAUUCAUAUAAUAGGAAGAGAUUUUUCGCAAGUCAAUAACAACCAUGAGAUUUGGCAAGUUGAAACAGCACACAUGUCAAACACCUCAGAAGGGACUGUGAUAAAAUACCAUGAAAUAUUCAAACCUGGAGUUGGAGGCAAGAAAUGUGCUAAAAAUGUGUUGACAAAGGGAAUUGCUGGCAUCGGGAAGACCAUCACAGUGAAGAAAUAUCUACAUGAUUGGGCUGAAGGAAGAAACAAAGAUGACAUUGACUUUGACAUUGUUUUUUUGUUUCUUUUCCGAGAUUUGAAGAAAUACUCACAAGAAUAUGGGGUCUGCAGUCUAUUUGAACUUUUCUGUUUCUUCUACCCUGACCUUAAGAAAGUGGAUAGUGCAAGUAUAUUUGACGGCAAGCUCUUGCUCAUCUUUGAUGGUCUGGAUGAAAGUGACUUUCCACUGGCUGCCACUAACCCUAUCGUAACUGAUGUGAAGAAAGCAGCUUCGUUGGAUGUGCUUCUCACAAGUCUCAUGAGAGGAAAGCUGCUGCCGUCAGCCUGUCUGUGGAUAACCACUCGCCCUGCAGCUGCUGCUCAACUCCCAGAGGAGAUACUGACCGAUGGAUACGUCACACAGAUACAAGGUUUCAAUGAGCAGCAGAAGAUGAAGUAUUUCAGGAAGCAAGUACAGGAUGAGAAUGAGGCUAGACAAAUCAUAUCGUACCUCAAAGCCACCAGAAGCCUCUAUAUCAUGUGCCAUGUGCCACUUUUCUGCUGGAUGUCAGCUCGUGUACUUACAAGCAGUCAAAGUGGAGAUAAACGUGACGUAAUGCCUAAAAGUCUUACUGAAAUGUACAUCCACUAUCUCCUCACUCUAACAGGUUUCAGCUACAAAAAAUAUCAAAGAAAUGUACUGGUUCAAUCAGCACAAGGUAUUGUCCUGAAACUAGGAAAGCUAGCGUUUCAGUACUUGGAGAAGCAGAAAAUGUACUUUGAUGAAAAUGAUUUUAAAAACUGUGAAAUUGACGUCAGUGAUGCGUUGACACUCCCAGGUCUUUGUGCAGAGCUUUUGAAAAUGGAACACGGGCUGUAUACCAAAAAGUCUUACUGCUUCAUACAUUUAAGUUUUCAGGAAUUUCUUGCAGCUUUGUAUGCUUUUCAUGAAUUUUCAGUCAACAACCAUAAUGCACUGAUAUACUUUAAACCAAAGAAUGGAAAGUUCAGCAUUUUGUCUGACUUUUUGAAUGGGGUUAUUGACAAGGCCAUUAAUAAUGACAAAGGACAUCUAGAUCUUUUUACACGAUUUCUUUGUGGCAUCUCACUUGACUCCAGUAAAGAUCUUUUAAAGGGUUUUCUUCCUGACCAGAGAAGUAACAAAGAUUGCCUCAACAAAAUUGUCAAACACAUCAAAGCACUGAGAAGAAAGGGUCUUUGCCCAAACAGGUGCAUGAACCUCGUCUAUUGUCUGGUUGAGCUUCAUGACAAGUCCUUUCUGGAGGAACUGGAACAUCACAAGACCGGUCUCGCAAAAAAGCCUCUCAGUCCGUUCCAGUGCUCAGCUCUGGCGCACCAGUUAGUCACAUCAGAGGAAUACCUGCCUGAACUUGACUUGAAGCUGUACAGAAUAACUGAUGAGGACUGCCUCCGCAGACUCACUCCAGCUAUCCCAUUCUUCCAAAGAGUGCACUUAAACUGCAUUGGCAUCACUAAAAAGUUCUCUCCGACAUUGGCUUUAGCACUUUGCAUGCCAAAUGCACAUUUGAAAGAACUGGACCUGAGCCAUAACAAUUUACAAUCUGGAAUGAUGUGUCUCUCACGAGGUCUGUGCAGUCCAAACUGCAAAAUUGAGAAGCUGAACCUCAGUCACAACAGACUGAACUACCAGGAUGUGGUGGCAAUUCGAGAUGUCCUCAUGAGUCCACACUCCAGACUCAAGGAUCUGGACCUCAGCAACAAUGAUUUUCAAAGAUCUGAUGUGGAUGCACUCUGUGUUGGGUUGCGUCAUAGUCGUCUGAGUGUCCUCAGUAUGGACCACGCAGGAGAGUGCAGAGAAAAACCAUGGCUUCACAAAUAUGAUGUUGAUCUGACGUUCGAUCCAGAAACAGCAAAUGGGUACCUUCUUGUGAAAACCAAGGUGGUAAAGGGUCAAGCUAAGAAAGAAUCAUAUCCUGAUCAUCCGAAUAGGUUUGACCAGAACAAUCAAAUUUUGUGCAGAGAAGGCCUAACAGAACGGCAUUACUGGGAGGUAGUGAAAACUGAUGGCCCUGAUGUGCAUGUUGGUGUGGCGUACGGGUCCAUCGUAAGAAAAGGAACGGGUAAAGGGGUACUGCUGGGGCAGAACAGUGACUCCUGGAAUUUCUUUUGGUCCGAUGAGGAAAAGAAGAGUAAGGUUCGUCACAAUAACAUUAGUGAGCCCAUUUCUGUCUUGCCCUCAUGGAAGAUUGGAGUAUUUCUGGACUGGCCCGCUGGCACUCUAUCCUUUUACAGAAUUGCAGGAGUCAUGAAGGAAUUGGAAGAGCCAGAACAUCUGUACACAUUUCACACUACUUUCAAAGAGCCUGUUUACCCGGCUUUCAGGAUCCAAAGUCCAGACACAGCUGUAAUUUUGACUCUCUGA